UAUCAAACUAACUAUUUAACAGACGGGUUCAUUUGUCGAAAUAUUUUCAUCAAAAUAUGAAUUUGCAUAAAAAUCCACCAUCUUACUCAUCACGUUCUUCUUGUAACUGUUGCGAACAGUUUCUACAAGUUUUUAGGUUGUUAUCCUCCAUAAAUGCAAAAUUCUGGUUUAUUAGUCGUUGACAUUAUCUCGUCCGUUAUUUCGAGCGAUUAUCAUGCUUUGCAUAAAGUCAGGAUGUGUCUCAAUAUUUGUGAAUGGACCUGUAUAACGUUCUAACAGUGGUAUCAAACAGUAGUAUCGUUUUGUUAAUUUAGGUUAAUCUAAUUGUAAUCGAAUAAUGAAUUAGGAUUUGAUAUUCAGCCAUGCCCACGAAGAGUCUGCAAGCAGUGGAUAUCUUAGAAGCCCUCGAAUCGAAGCUCGCGUACAUUCCAGGAGGUCGUGAUCGCGAAGGAAGACCUUUGAUAGUGGUUAAUGUUCCCUCAGAACUUCAACCGACCACGAAGCCCAGGUUGGAAACGCUGAUCGCCUAUUUCUUGUCAAUUUUUAGCGAGGAGACGAAGAAAAAUGGAUUGGUGUUGAUAGUGGACGCGCAAAGAGGUGCAUGGCGUGUGGCAAGGUCUUGCAUUAGGCUAUCUACCAUACUUCUGGGAGCUUCUGCAGCUUCUGUGAUAGUAGUGCGCCCAGACGGUUUCUGGGAUAAGAGAGUGGAUAGCUGUACGAAGUCGCACAAAGAAGGAGAGCCGACGUAUCUCACCCUGACGAGGCUUCAGCUUCACAUUGACUAUGCUCAGCUGGCGUACGAACUGGGUGGCAACAAGCCGUACGACCACGCGGACUGGAUCCAGAAACGCGUGGUAAUCGUCUCUCGUCUAUAA